ACUAGAAAUGCUAAUACCUGCAUUUCUCUUCUUUCCCAGUGGCUUUGAUGAUGAAACUUUGAAACUGCGGCAACUGAAAUUGGAGAACCAGAGAACACUUCUAGAAAAGAAGCAGAGGAAGAAGCGCCUGGAGCCCUUGAUGGUGCAGCCAAACCCCGAAGCAAAGCUGCACAGGUCCAAGCCUCGAGGGUCUGAGGAGCAGACCCCCUUAGUGGGGUCCCCUGCCCCUGCCCUCAACAAUGUUGUCCUGCAUGGCAUUGAUGGCCCGGCUAUCUCUUUGACACCAGAGGCAUCAGGCUGGGCUACAAAACAGCAGGUAAUUUCAGUUGGAUCAUCCACAGCAGAAGAUAAUGCCAAGCCAGGAGACAGAGAGGAAGCUUCAGCAGAUGCAUCUCCCAAGAUGAAUCUACAAGACAUGCUACAGAAACGAGGUAUCUCCGGGAGUAUGAAUUUUGAUGAAGAGGACACAGAUGAGGAGGGAGAAGCCAGGAAGCCAUCAGGACCGCCUUCACCUUGCUCCGAACUGGAGAGGCCACGUUCUGCCAUCAGUGAAAAAUCGGCAGCAGAAUUGGGUGCUUCCUCUGUUGUGCCACCUCAGACAGAUGCACAGCUGGGAGAAAUUGAAAACCUGGAGGAGUUCGUCCUGCGACCCGCACCUCGUGGCAUUACUGCCAAGUGUCGGAUCACAAGAGAUAAGAAGGGGAUGGACCGGGGCCUCUUUCCUACUUACUACAUGCACCUGGAACGGGAUGAAAACAGAAAAAUAUUCCUUCUUGCAGGGAGAAAAAGGAAAAAGAGCAAAACAUCAAAUUACCUAAUUUCAAUUGAUCCAACAGAUUUAUCCAGGGAAGGGGAAAGCUUUAUUGGCAAACUCAGAUCAAAUCUUAUGGGGACUAAAUUUACUGUCUACGAUCAUGGAAUUAAUCCAGUGAAAGCACAGGGGCUUGUGGAAAAAGCCCACACCCGGCAGGAAUUGGCUGCUGUUUGUUAUGAAACCAAUGUAUUAGGAUUCAAGGGACCCAGGAAAAUGUCAGUCAUUAUUCCAGGAAUGAAUCUAAAUCACCAGCGGAUUCCAAUCAGGCCACGAAAUGAACUUGAGAGUUUGUUGUCAAAAUGGCAAAAUAAAAGCCUAGACAACCUGAUUGAGCUACACAACAAGGCUCCUGUGUGGAAUGAUGACACCCAGUCUUAUGUCUUGAACUUCCACGGGAGAGUCACCCAGGCCUCGGUGAAGAACUUCCAGAUUGUUCAUGACAAUGACCCGGACUAUAUUGUGAUGCAGUUUGGCCGCGUCGCUGAAGAUGUGUUCACUUUGGAUUUUAACUAUCCCCUGUGUGCCCUUCAGGCUUUUGCCAUAGGACUCUCCAGCUUCGACAGCAAGCUGGCGUGUGAAUGA